CAAAAGACAUUGAUGAAGAUAUUUUCUCUGGAGUCUCCUUCCUCUCUAACCCGUCUCUCCCGAUGUGAACCGAGCGACUCACAAGCCACCGAAGCCACCAACCCACCAUGUCGCGCCGCAAGCAAGGCAAACCCCAGCACUUAAGCAAACGGGAAUUUUCACCCGAACCUCUUGAAGCCAUUCUCACUGAUGACGAACCUGAACAUGGCACAUUGGGAGCUCCGGAAGGGGACCACGACCUCCUCACUUGUGGCCAGUGUCAGAUGAACUUUCCGUUGGGGGACAUUCUUAUUUUUAUUGAGCACAAACGGAAACAAUGCAAUGGCAGUCUCUGCCUAGAGAAGGCUGUGGAUAAGCCACCUUCACCCUCACCAAGUGAGCUGAAAAAAGCAUCCAAUCCCGUGGAGGUUGGCAUCCAGGUUACACCAGAGGAUGACGAUUGUUUAUCAACGUCAUCUAGAGGAAUUUGCCCUAAACAGGAACAUAUAGCAGGUAAAGAUGAGCCCAGCAGCUACACGUGUACGACUUGUAAACAGCCUUUCAACAGCGCCUGGUUCCUCUUGCAGCACGCACAGAACACACACGGCUUACGGAUCUACCUAGAAAGUGAGCACGGCAGCCCCCUGACGCCACGGGUUGGUAUCCCAACAGGACUAGGUGCAGAGUGCCCUUCCCAGCCACCUCUCCACGGGAUUCACAUUGCAGACAAUAACCCUUUUAACCUGCUCAGAAUACCUGGCUCGGUCUCGAGGGAGGCAUCGGGGCUGGGAGAAGGGCGUUUCCCACCCACGCCGCCCCUCUUUAGCCCUCCCCCGAGGCACCAUUUGGAUCCGCAUCGCAUUGAGCGCCUGGGUGCGGAAGAAAUGGCUCUGGCCACCCAUCACCCUAGUGCCUUUGAUAGGGUGCUGCGACUGAACCCCAUGGCGAUGGAGCCCCCCGCUAUGGAUUUCUCCCGGAGGCUGCGGGAGCUGGCCGGCAACACCUCCAGCCCACCCUUAUCCCCAAGCCGGCCCAGCCCUAUGCAAAGGUUGCUGCAGCCCUUCCAGCCUGGCAGCAAGCCCCCGUUCUUGGCCACGCCACCCCUCCCUCCUCUGCAAUCUGCUCCUCCUCCCUCCCAGCCCCCCAUGAAGUCCAAGUCCUGCGAGUUCUGUGGGAAGACCUUCAAGUUUCAGAGCAACCUGGUGGUCCACCGCCGGAGCCACACGGGGGAGAAGCCCUACAAGUGCAACCUCUGCGACCACGCCUGUACACAGGCCAGCAAGCUGAAGCGCCACAUGAAGACCCACAUGCACAAGUCCUCCCCCAUGACAGUGAAGUCAGACGAUGGGCUCUCCACCGCCAGCUCCCCUGAGCCGGGCACCAGUGACCUGGUGGGCAGCGCCAGCAGCGCCCUCAAGUCCGUGGUGGCCAAGUUCAAAAGCGAGAAUGACCCCAACAUGAUCCCUGAGAACGGGGAUGAGGAAGAGGAGGAGGAGGAGGAGGAAGAGGAGGAGGAGGAGGAGGAAGAGGAGGAGGACUUGAACGAGAGCGACAGGCCGGACUAUGGCUUCGGGAUGAGCCUUGAGGCGGCCCGUCACCACGAGAACAACUCGCGGGCUGGCGAGGAGGGCCGGGCGAUGCCAGAUGUCAUGCAGGGCAUGGUCUUGAGCUCCAUGCAGCACUUCAGUGAGGCCUUCCACCAGGUCCUGGGGGAAAAACACAAGCGGGGCCACCUCCCCGAGCCCGAGGUGCACAGGGACACUUGCGACGAAGACUCAGUGGCCGGUGAGUCCGACCGUAUCGACGAGGGGGCCGUCAACGGCCGGGGCUGCUCCCCGGGGGAGUCUGCCUCAGGAGGCCUGUCCAAAAAGCUGCUGCUGGGUAGCCCCAGCUCCCUGAGCCCCUUCUCCAAACGCAUCAAGCUGGAGAAGGAGUUCGACCUACCGGCCGCCGCCAUGCCCAACACCGAGAACGUUUACUCCCAGUGGCUGGCGGGCUACGCCGCCUCCCGGCAGCUGAAGGACCCCUUCCUCAGCUUCGGCGACUCCCGACAAUCGCCCUUCGCCUCCUCCUCUGAGCACUCCUCGGAGAACGGCAGCCUGCGCUUCUCCACGCCGCCGGGCGAGCUGGACGGAGGGAUCUCAGGCCGCAGCGGCACGGGAAGCGGAGGGAGCACCCCCCAUAUUAGUGGCCCGGGCCCUGGCAGGCCCAGCUCAAAAGAGGGCAGACGCAGCGACACUUGUGAGUACUGUGGGAAGGUCUUCAAGAACUGUAGUAAUCUCACCGUCCACAGACGGAGCCACACGGGCGAGAGGCCGUAUAAGUGUGAGCUUUGCAACUACGCCUGCGCCCAGAGUAGCAAGCUCACCCGGCACAUGAAAACACACGGGCAGGUGGGAAAGGACGUUUACAAAUGCGAGAUUUGUAAGAUGCCUUUUAGCGUGUACAGUACCCUGGAGAAACACAUGAAAAAAUGGCACAGUGAUCGAGUCUUGAAUAACGAGAUAAAGAAGCUAAGGAUAUUUGGAAAGUGCUUGUCACCAGCACACCCUGUUUAUUUUCUUUUUGUUCUCACCGUUUGAAUGCAUGAUCUGUAUCGGGGCAAUACUAUUGCAUUUUACGCAAACUUUGAGCCUUUCUCUUGUGCAAUAAUUUACAUGUUGUGUAUGUUGGGUUUUUUUUUUUUUGGGUUGUUUUUUUUUUUUGUUUUUGUUGAUUUUAUUUUUUUAAUUUCUUUUUUUUUUUUUUUAAUUUUUGGAUUAGACAGCAUGUAUGGUAUGUUAUGGCUGUUUUUAAAUUGUCCCUGAUUAGUUGCUGAGCAAACACGUCGCUGUUUCCAAUUCCGUUCGGGAAAAAAAAAAAAGGAAAAGAAAAAAAAAAAGAGGAGAGGAGGAGGAGGAAAAAAAAAAGGAAAAGUGAAACAAAACCAAACCCGAGAGCAAACAAAACCGACAUGCUGCAUACAUCCUGUAAUACAUAUCAUGUACAGUUUUGUUUUGUGACGUGCAAAGGAAAACUCGCUGUGGGUGACCCUCUGCGGACAGGACUGAUAGCACUGAAGAAGCAUUGUGUUAGCCUAGAUUGCUGUCUUAAACCAAUAAACCCACGAUUGGAGACAGAGUUCCCAUUGGGAACACUAAAAAAGGCCUUUAAUUGGGAAUAACCAACCGCCACCAGUCAGGAGGAGGUAGAUUUCUCUUAGCAUUUGAUUUCAAACACACCCACCCACACACACAAAUCAUUAUUAUUAUUAAUAAUAAUAAUAAUAAUAAUAAUAAUAAUAAUAAUAAUAAUAGUGCCUUGGGUCUGUCACGGCUGAUGCCAAUGGCUCCUUUCUGCUCGACCUCCACACGUAGCUCGUCGCCACCUCGGCCGCGCUGGGAGCCACCACGUGCCCUUCACAACACCGGCCACCUAGGAAUGAAGAGGGAAGAGGAAACUAAGGAAGAGAAAGAAGUGACCCGCUCAGUCCUAGUUAAUCAUCAUUCUCCUCUACCUUUUAUUGUUAUUAUUAAUUAUUAUUACUAUUAUUUUUAAAAAACUGAUCAUACCAGUCUAAAAACCUGCUUGGCUCGUGGAGAGAGCUUAAAACGAGAUGUAGAACCUUCCUCCCACCCACCCUGCCCCAGACUUUUAUUCCCCCUCCCCAUCAAUGAUUAAAUAGAAUGUGAAACACACAGAGGCCCUUCAACACCAUUAAACACACAAUAAAGGAAAUCCGUUUUAUGAAGAUAUUUACUUGUAAUAAUAUCUUUUAUUGAUUCUGGCACCAAAACAAAUAAAUCCAGCCACUUGGUUGUCAAGCUGACAAUCAAAUUAUAAACUUUAAGACCUCGUGUAUACCGUAUAAAAAAUAAAAUAAAGACUGGCAAUAAUAUUUUACCGAGUGUAACAGAUAGAGGAGCAAAAAAAUAAAUAAAUUGUGAUUUAUUAGCACAGUGUGGUACUGUUUGCCAUUUAAAACUAGAACAGGUGUAUAAGCUAAUAUCAACACAGUGGUGAUUAACUAUGAACUCUUUUAAGACUUGCCUUUAAUGUGAUGCUUUGGAAGAAGUAACAGGAAAUUAAAAAAAAAAAAGAAAAAGGAAGAAAAAAGGCAAAAGAGUAGCAGUAUCUGUUUGUGCUCCCUAAAAGUUUUCCUUAAUUUUUUUUUUUUCUCCCAUCCUCUGUGUGCUAUUUGUGUUGACGUGGAAGAGGAUUCCUUGUUUUAUUCCUAAGCUAGCACCUGCCCCGAUGGUGUUCAAAUAGCACUUGACUCUGCCUGUGAUGUCUGUAUCUUUUCUUUAAUCAAAGGUACAGAGGUUGAGUAUAAAAUAAGACUGCUCAGAUAGGACAAUUAAGUGCACUGUACAAUUUUCCCAGUUUACAGGUCUAUACUUUAAGGGAAAAGUUGCAAGAAAGCUGAAAAGAAAAAAAAAUGAAAAAAAGAAAAUUCAACACACAUUGAUGAGCAUAAAAAAAAAAAACAACCCACAAACCCACAAAACCCCACAAACUUUGCCAGCCAUAUACUUGACUAAUGAGCUUAUCUUCUCGGACGCGACAUUACAGCGCUGUGAAUGGAAACAGACUCUACACUCACAUAAAAUGAAUGAUUGCUUUCACUCCUACAGUGCAAGGAUUUUUUUUUUUUUUGUACAAAAAAAAGGAUUUUAAAAAAACAAACGCCACAAAACCUUUUUUUAAAUAUAAAUGUUAAGAAAAAUUUUUUAAGGAAGAAAAAGAAAAAAAAACACAACACUUCAUUAUGUUUAGGGGGAAACUGUAUUUUAGGGUUCAUUGUCUUGGUGGUGUACAAGACUCGUUACUCAUUUUAAAAUGAUAGUGGAAAUUCUAUGCCUUGGAUAUACACAGCUCUUCAGGUUGUAUAAAAACAUGCAUUGGGGAAAGGUUUUAAGAUUAUAUAGUACUUAAAUAUAGGAAAAUGCACACUCAUGUUGAUUCCUAUGCUAAAACACAUUUAUGGUCUCUUUUUUCUGUAUUUCUAGAAUGGUAUUUGAAUUAAAUGUUCAUCUAGUGUAGGCACUAUAGUAUUUAUAUUGAAGCUUGUAUUUUUAACUGUUGCUUGUUCUCUCAAAAGGUAUCGAUGUACCUUUUUUGGUAGUGGAAAAAAAAAACCACAGGCUGCCACAGUAUAUUUUUUUAAUUUGGCAGGAUAAUAUAGUGCAAAUUAUUUGUAUGUUUCAAAAAAAAGAAAAAAGACAAAAAGACAAAAAAGGUGUGACAUUGUACGGAUCCGAGGCCAUAUAAUGGCCCUUUGGGGGAAGCCUGUUCUGAUGUCACACUGCUGGCCGUCACAGAGGGGUGUACAUAUCUUUUUUCGUUCUUUUUUCCUGCUGCCAUACUGUAUGCAGUACUGCAAGCUAAUAACGUUGGUUUGUUAUGUAGUGUGCUUUAUGUCCCUUUCCUUCUAUCACCCGACAUUCCAGCAUCUUAACUUCAUAUGCAGUAAAAGAAAAGAAAAGAAAAGAAAAGAAAAGAAAAGAAAAGAAAAGAA